GUACGGGAUGCGGCAUAUUCAAACACGGUACGUUACGUGUAUUUGUCGAUAAAUUUUUCCAAAUUACACGACGUAAGGGGGGAAAAUCAACAUUUCCCUUAAAUAACUAACGUGAAGGCGAAAUGUUUUUAAAUUACGUGCUUCUUUCAAACAGGUCUCAAAAUUAAUAUGAACUUUGAUCUUAAUUUGAACGAAUUGUUUCAGUUUAUUUUGGCGCUGAGUUAGUGUGAGUCAUUGAAGAGGAAGAAUGUAUUUGUAAGAUCGCAGCAAAAGAAUUUGAAGUAAAUCCAACGUUUCGCCUGGCAGAUUGGUCCAAGCUUUUUCAAGGAAUAUAUAUAUAGAGGUACAUGGUUCUCUGGUUUACUGUAUACUGAAUAAGUCAUCCAACCAAAGUGAACAAUGUUUAAAUUCCCUACACUCGAUUUUUUUGAAUUCAAAUAGAAUAAAAUGUCUAAUCAUUCUGUUUGGCUACGUAUAGUACCUUUCAUUGGAUCAAUGAUAAUUUCAGCUUAUUAUUUAACAUAUAUGCGUUAUUGUAUUCAUGAAAAAAAGCGAUUGACAACACAAUUACCUAAUUUAAAUGAAGAUUAUAUUCUUGAAUUUCAUAAAGAAAUUACUGAAUCCUUUAAAAAAACUAAAUGGGAGAAUAAAAGAGUCAAUAGACCAUGGGGAGAAUGAUUUAAAUGAGACAAUAAUUAGAAUGUAUAAAAUAAAUAAAUAGAAAACUAAUUUUCUCUCUAUUGUUGAUCAUGUAACAUAAGUAUCUGUGUAUAUAAAACAAUUAUCUUAGUGAUAGUAAUUUGUAAAUAAAAGUACAAAUAAAAAAAACAAACAAACAUUUAAAUAUUAAAAACAACAAAAAAGAAUUUUCUCAUUUAAUUUAUUUCAUAAAUUAAUAAUUUAAUUAUUUUCUUUUGACAAGCUAAACGAAUAGAUUGUAUAAUUUUUGAUGAUAAUUCUAAAUAAGAUGAAGAAUUUUUUAAUGAUUCUAAUUUUGAAAGAAAAGAUUCCACACUAGUUUCUGUAAUACGUUCAAUUCCUUUGAAACUUAUAUCGGAUGUAUUAUUGGAUAAAGUGACCUAAUAAUAAAUAAAUAAUUAUAUUAAAAAAAAAAAUAAACAUCAUAUGUAUCAUUUUUUGUAUAUUAUAAUGAAAAUAAAAUCUAAUUUUUUU